CAUAGUUUUACAAACUACAUUGGAGGAUUUGUUCCAAACGCAGACACAACUAGCCAAGCAUAGGAUUCAAAUUCUCUCUCGUUAUUGCUUCAAAUUCGUCUCCAGUUUCUCCUCGUUAAACACUAAAUUCUCUCAUCAAAUCUAGGAAAAUAAUUGAAGUAAUUUCUGUAAAAUGCUUUCUUCAGCAAAUAAUCUAAUCCUCCACACAGUAUUUGCAAUCUCCCUUACUCUCAUCCUUUCUUUUCUCAAGAUCCCUGCCCUAUUUCUCUAUGGCCUCCACACUUACAUACACCCAGAUGAUGUAAAUCCCAACAACAAUACAUCCUCAAAAGGCAUCAGAGCAGCCAUUAGAAGGCCAGGUGCACUUGAUUCUGAACAACCCAGAAAGAAAUCCAAAGAUAGAUUUGAGUUUGAUGAGAAUAAAGCUCAGAUCUUUAGGUUGAAACUCAAUGAAAGUCAAUUACAAUCAAGAAUUUAUUUCAGAGAGUAUUAUAGUGCGUUUAAUUUUACAAUUAUAGCCAUAUUAUCAUUGGCGCUUCAUAAAUUCUUGUGGGUGGAUUCGGAUUCUGGCAUUGUGAGAAAUGGGACUAUAAUCCCUAUUUUAUUGGGUAUUGUGGGAGUUUGUAGGGAUCUGUUUUUAAUUGUUAGAAUAAGUUUUGAAAGGUCUGCAUCGAAGAGAUUGGACAAGCAAUUGAGUUUCAUACUGGGGCUUUUGGGUUUUCUUUUGGGGUUAAUUGUUGUUUAUGAUUUUGUUCCUAAGUGGCUUCUUGAUUUUGGGUUUCAAUCAUUGGAUGGGUUUGGGAAGUUUACUGUCGCUGUUUUCAUGGGCUGCCUUGUGGGUUUUCUUUAUAUACCAACAUUGAGGAAUGCUCGUGCAUUUUGGCUUGGAACUGAUCAAAUUCGAUGUAAUUUGUCUAUAAUUUCGUGUGGAUGGAUUGCAAGAAUGCUUCUUUAUGCUAAUUACUUAUCAGUUGUGUUCACUUCAUUGCUUUGGAUUAGUCCGUUUGCAGAAUUCUUUGUUAACAAGACAAUUGAUGGAAAAAAAGGGUCAAAUUUAGCUAGCAAGAGUGGGACAGCCACAGAAUUGGCUGGGAAUGUUGGCAUGUCAAGAAUGAUUUUCGAGAAAUUUAGGCUUUGGUGCUUGUUGAUUACGGGUAUUUUGCAAAUCCUGACUAUCCGUUCCAACGCGCAAAUAUUCUUGAAUGAAGCUGUUUUAUGUUGGUACCAGAGGUUGCACGCAAGCAGGGUUCCCGACUUAGACUAUAGCCAGGCAAAGGUUUUUCUACACAACCAUUACAUUAGUCUAGUAGUUCUGCAGUUGUUUCUACCUGCUGGCAUGUUACUUCUUCUCCUUGGCUUAUCUCAAAUUAACGAUAACUUGCUGACAGAUCUCCCAUGGGUAUGUAAUUCAUUGCCUUGCUUUGUUUUGGUUAAAGAAAUCAUAGUCUUUAUGGCGUGGUGGAUUAUCUUUGUUUGGGCUGUAUUUACAACUGUAAUCCUUGCUCUUUAUCGACGUGGGAUUCUGUAUGUUUCAUGAUCAUGACGAUAUCGUUCUGACUUUUUUCUCACUUUACAGUGCCAUUAUUUAGGAUUGUAAUAGGUUUUCUGAGAAGUGAUUGUAUUUUGUAACAAUAUCCUCCUCAUUUUGCAUUGAGGGGUUCAAUUUGGGUCAACGAAUAUGCUUCUAGAGCCUUUGAUACUUGAUUAUUUACUCCUUGGGUA